AUGCAGACAUCACGUGAAGCUCUUCUCCAAAGAAGAAGAAGAAGAGCUUUAGACACUAAAUCUGCCUCUGGGUAUGAAGUUUCCCUCUCACUGCUUUUUCUUUUGUGGACUCUAAUCUUCCUCUUAAGCUAUUGGAUCACUCGCGCUCAUGGGUUCACCCCCACUCCCACAGUCAGUUUAUCAAAUAUGGAUGUAGAUGGGUCUGAAGAAUAUUCAGUUCGGUUACGGAAUUUGAAAGAAGAUAAGCACGGACAGUGUAAGAGCUCUGAUUCUGCUAAGAAAGAUUUUUACAUUCCCCUUGAGGCUUUACACUCUGAAGAUUCCGAGACCAAUGGUUUUGUUCCCGAAUCAUUCCACAGUGAAGAAACGCGUGAUUAUGCUGAACCUGGUACUUGUAAUAAGAGAGAUUGUGAUUCUCCUUUUACAGAGGUACAGGAAGAGAGUUGUAAUUCUUCUGUCAGACUCGAAGAUGAUGCGCAAAAAUCUGAUCAUUUAUCUUGGGCUGUGCCUCUUGGUCUUGAUGAAUUUAAGAGCAGAGCAAUUAGUUCCAAAAUAAAAUCUGGCACUGGUUCCUCUGGAAGUGUAAUACAUAGAGUGGAGCCUGGUGGUGAAGAAUACAAUUAUGCUUCAGCCUCGAAGGGAGCAAAAGUUUUAGGUUCUAACAAAGAAGCCAAAGGCGCCUCUAAUAUCUUAUGCAGAGACAAAGAUAAGUAUCUUCGAAAUCCAUGUUCUGUUGAAGAGAAAUUUGUCAUUAUUGAACUUUCCGAAGAAACCUUAGUAGAUACAAUAAAAAUAGCUAAUUUUGAGCAUCAUUCUUCCAAUUUAAAAGCUUUUGAACUUCUUGGCAGUCUGAGCUUUCCAACAGAUGUUUGGGUUUUUCUUGGGAAUUUCACGGCCUCAAAUGUGAGGCAUGCUCAAAGGUUUGUUCUUCAGGAGCCAAAAUGGGUGAGAUAUUUAAAGUUGAAUCUUCAAAGUCACUAUGGUUCUGAAUUUUAUUGCACACUAAGCGUAUUUGAAGUUUAUGGUGUGGAUGCUGUUGAGAGGAUGCUGGAGGAUUUGAUAAAUACUCAAGAUAAUCUCUUCGCUCUUGGGGAUGGUAACACUGAUAAAAGGACAGUAUCACCCCAUCCCAAUCCUGCUGAGAGUGAAGAUGUUCAUCAAAAUACUUUUGGAGGGAUCAAUUCUGAUCCUGCUUCAGAUACCUCUUCUUCAAAUCAUGAGAGAAUAAACAGUAACUCUCCUGACUCAGUUGAAGAAACCCGUCAACAAGUUAGCAGGAUGCCUGGGGAUACUGUUCUCAAGAUUCUGAUGCAGAAAGUUCGUACUCUAGACUUAAAUUUGUUUGUUUUGGAGCAGUAUAUGGAGGACUUAAAUUCUAGAUAUGUCAAUAUUUUCAAAGAGUACAGAAAAGACAUAGGCGGAAAAGAUAUACUUAUACAAAAUAUCAAAGAAGACAUUAGGAAUCUCAUUGACCAGCAGGAUGCUAUAACAAAAGAUGCUAGUGAUCUCAAAUCCUGGAAGUCCCAUAUUUCCAUGCAGUUGGAUCUUCUACUCAGAGACAAUGCUGUUUUGAGGUCCGAGGUUGAUGGAGUCCGAAGGAAGCAGACAUCUUUAGAAAACAAGGGGGCCGCAGUGUUUUCAGUGUGUUGUAUAUUUUCAUUGCUAGCUAUAUUUCGGCUUUCUCUAGAUAUGGUUACGAGUGUCUAUAGAGUACUAAGUGUUAAUAGAACAGAUUAUUCUAGGAAAAUUUGUGCUGUUAGCUCUUCCUGGUUUCUUCUACUAUUGAAUUGUAUCAUUAUUAUUUUUAUAUUAAUUUUGUGA